CUAGGGUCCGAACCCACCGGCUCCUGAACCUGAUCGCCUCUCUCCCGCGAGUGGAUCGCCUGGGAUUUGAAUCGGGCUUCUUCUUCUCUCUCUCCCGCUCCCUCUCCAUUUGGAUCCCACACGUGUUUGGAGAGUGUUUUUGGAAGCGAUCGUGGCUGCUUUGGUUUUGCCAAGAGGCCGAAGAGAAUGGCGAGGGACUGGCCGGACCUCUGGCUCUCGUCUUGGGUUUGCUUAGCCCUCUUUUGCCUUGGACCCAUGCCUUAGACCCAUCGCCUCCAAUCCCCACAGAUAAGCUUUUAAUUCUAACUGUUGCAACCAAAGACACAGAUGGCUUUCACCGAUUCAUGCAAUCCGCAAAGCACUUCAACUAUACAGUGAAGGUCCUUGGUCAAGGUGAACAGUGGAAAGGAGGUGAGAGUCCAAACUCUAUUGGAGGAGGCCAGAAAGUUCGUCUAUUGAAAUCUGCAAUGGAGAUGUAUGCUGAUCAGGAGGAUUUGGUGGUUAUGUAUGUUGACUGCUACGAUGUCAUAUUUGCCGGGGGACCUGAACAGUUGUUAAAGAAGUUCCAGCAAGCCAAUCACAAGGUAGUUUUUGCAGCAGAUGGAUUAAUAUGGCCAGAUAAGAGACUGUCAGACAAAUACCCUGUUGUUCGGAGUGGGAAACGAUUCCUUAAUGCAGGAGGAUUUAUUGGUUAUUCUCCAUCUGUAAACAGUAUUGUACAACAGUGGAAUCUCCAAGAUAAUGAUGAUGACCAGCUUUUUUAUACAAAAAUAUAUAUUGAUCCUUUGAAGAGGGAACAUAUUAAUAUUACCUUGGAUCACAAGUGCAACAUUUUCCAGACUCUAAAUGGAGCCAUUGAUGAAGUUCUUCUGAAAUUUGAAGAAGGAAGAGCCAGAGCUAGGAAUUCUGUAUAUGACACUUUGCCAGUCACUCUUCAUGGAAACGGCCCAACUAAAUUGAAUCUGAAUUACUUUGGAAACUAUAUCCCUGAUGGCUGGACCCAUGAAACUGGAUGUAUUGCCUGUAACAAAGAUUUAUUAGACCUAACUACAUUGACUGAGACUCCAACAGUAACAAUUGGUGUUUUCAUUGAACAACCAACUCCUUUCCUGGCUAAAUUUUUAAACAGAUUGUUGACUCUGGAUUACUCAAAGGAAAAGCUUACCCUCUUCAUUCACAAUAACGAAGUUUACCAUGAAAAGCAUAUCAAGAAAUUUUGGGAUAAAGCCAAGAAUAUGAUUAGAACUAUAAAAAUUGUUGGACCUGAAGAAAAUCUGAGUCAAGCCGAUGCCAGAAACAUGGGAAUGGAUAUCUGUCGGCAGAAUAAAGAAUGUGACUAUUAUUUCAGCAUAGAUGCAGAUGUUGUUUUAACAAACCCAAAUACAUUAAAAAUUCUUAUAGAACAAAAUAGAAAGAUGAUUGCUCCUCUUGUAAUCCGUCAUGGAAAGCUCUGGUCCAACUUUUGGGGUGCACUAAGUGCUGAUGGGUAUUAUGCUCGAUCUGAAGACUAUGUGGAUAUUGUCCAAGGAAACAGAGUAGGUGUAUGGAAUGUCCCUUUUGUGGCUAAUAUAUACUUGAUCAAAGGACAGACUCUCAGAUCUGAGAUGAAAGAAAGAAGCUAUUUUGCACGUGACAGAUUGGAUCCUGACAUGGCUCUUUGCAGGAAUGCCAGAGAAAUGACUUUACAAAGGGAAAAAGACUCCCCCUCUGCGGAAACAUUCCAUAUGCUCAGACCCCCAAAGGGUGUCUUUAUGUACAUCACUAAUAGAUAUGAGUUUGGGAGGCUUUUAUCAACUGCCAACUACAAUGUAUCUCACUACAACAAUGACCUCUGGCAGAUUUUUGAGAAUCCUGUGGACUGGAAGGAAACCUAUAUAAACCCCAACUAUUCAAAAAUCUUCACUGAAAAUAUAGUGGAACAGCCAUGCCCAGAUGUAUUUUGGUUUCCCAUAUUUUCUGAAGCUGCCUGUGAUGAAUUGGUACAGGAGAUGGAACAUUAUGGACAAUGGUCUGGUGGAAAACACCACGACAGUCGCAUUUCUGGAGGAUAUGAGAAUGUUCCAACGGAUGACAUUCACAUGAAGCAAAUUGGGCUGGAAAGUGUAUGGCUACAUUUUAUUAGAGAAUUCAUUGCACCUGUAACAUUAAAAGUGUUUGCUGGAUACUAUACAAAGGGUCAUGCCCUGCUCAAUUUUGUUGUAAAAUACACUACUGACAGACAACGUUCCCUCAGACCUCAUCAUGACUCAUCUACAUUUACAAUCAACAUAGCUCUCAACAAAGUAGGAGAAGAUUUUCAGGGAGGUGGAUGUAAAUUUCUGAGGUACAACUGUUCAAUUGAAUCACCCAGGAAAGGAUGGAGUUUCAUGCAUCCAGGAAGACUUACUCACUUACAUGAAGGACUUCCCAUUUUGAAAGGAACAAGAUACAUUGCAGUAUCAUUUAUUGACCCUUAAUUUUAUUUCCCAGGACACCUAAAGAUACUGUUUGGCAAUCUAUGAUGAACUCUUAUUUAUAAUUCUUCUCCCAGAAGAUGGUGACAAAAGAAGCUUCUUCUAGACAGCUGCUUUAUUUUGGGCUAAAAUAUUGGGGAAGGGAGAGAUCAAACACUUGGAAGCAUCUGCUCUGAGCCUUGUGUUACAAAGUGAAAAACAUGGUUUAAUUUCUCUCCCUUUCUGACUUAAAGGGUUAGAAAAUUCUUUGAUACAGACAAUCCUUAAAAUUUGUCAGGUGGAUAUUAACAUUGUGGACACUGAGGUCAUUUUGAGCAAAUCUUGAUUAAAGAAAAUAAUAUUGUAUAACUGUGUAGUGUUCCAUUGAAGAAAUACAUUGCAGAUAAAUGUAUACCAUCGGCAAAAAAUGAAUGUGGUUUAUUCGGGUACUCUAGAAUGCCUUCAAAGGAAGAUAUACUCUAGUUUUGGGAGUCUCUUCUGCACAUCAAGUGUCCUUUGAUUAGACUGUUAUUCUGAGAAUAAUGUUUUGUUCAAUCUCUGGGCAAGUAAUUGGAGCCUUCUUUUUUGGAAUCUUUGCAAUAUGUCGUCUUGGAAACCAAAUUUUCUACUCUUAUUUAAAACUACUUGAAUUUUAUAUCAGGAGAUCAAAAAGUUGAAGUUCUAUUUUUUAAAAAAAUGCAGGUAUUUGACUUACCUUUGUUUUUAAGGGAUCAGUGUUAAAUAAUUCCUGCUGUGCCUACUGUUUGUAAUUUAAAGAUUACACUUGAAAAAUUGCUGAAACCAUGAAACCUGAGGUGCUAGCAUGCACAUGUUUUAAGUCUUGUGGAAAAAUAAAGAAGU